AUGUCCCAGAUCUACUGUAGCAAUGAGACCCCACUAUUAGGCGGUCCUUACAAGCCCCAAAAAAGCAAAAGCAAAAAAGAAACUCUCCCUCGGGGAAUCGAACCCCGGUCUCCCGCGCUUAUCGGUAUUAAUGACAAGCGGAAAUCAUCACCACUAGACCAAGGAAGAUUGAAUGACCGAGUUACUGCUCGACCACUUGGCUGGUUGAUAAAAACAUAG